UUUUGAACCGUUUUAUGGUUUUUCUUGAAGAACUUCUGAAAUUUUUAUUUUUCAUCCAUAAUCAAUUGUUGAAUUUUACCCAUUUCUUGAGUUCCAAUCGAAAUCGCAGUAAACGGUUGAACUCGAAAGGGAAAAAGAUUCUGUGUUGUUGUUUUCUAAACUUUUCGAUAAUGUUUUGUAAAUUUAAGAGCUAAAAUAUUCGGGCUUUACUAUUUUCCUUCUUUUAUAUCUGAUUCCGAACAAGUUCAAAAUCGAGGAAUUGAGGAGUAAGUCUGAGAAGCCUUCAGAUCCGGCGGAGCAAAUGUAAUACCGGUAUGGAAUAAAAUUAAUGCUGAUAUCAUAACCUCUAAUAUCCGUUUCAAACAUCUAGGUCAAACAUUCUCAUUCAAAUCGCAAUACAAACCGUGUGGUAACAGGAAAUAAUCCCCGAGAACAAAAUAAACACUGGCUGCUAAAACAUUGGUUCGCCCAGCAGUGGAAAAAAGCUGCUCCGCAAGGCUCAUCAAAAACGUUGGGAACUUUUCAAUGUUUGGUCUACACCUACAGCCCAGCAGGAGUCAAAUCGAGGAGGGAUCUAUCUACAGGGUUCCGAUCAAUAUACCGAUGGCAACGGAGAGCACCACAAACGAAAAUUAGACUGUCGGAUCCUUGACAUUAUGCGCUUAGAGGUGUAUUACAGGAAAUUUGUGCAAGUGCUUAGAUAAUCCGUCUCGAUAAAGCUGAUAGGCGUCAGCUUUAUUAAACUUGGAUCUUUUCCAUGAAUCGGCAGUAACGUAGCAUAAUACAUUGGGAAGAGCUGUUCCAGAAAAUUUACAACGUAGAGGCGAGUACGAAGCGAGCUUUGAUGGGUUGCCGGUUUCCGGAUCGGCCUGCAUGGUGCACAGGAAGUCUGAAUUUCUGUAGUGAAAAUCACCGAUGCACAUUUUCGUCGAAACUUUUCCUAGUAGGGAUCUCAGAGCGAGCCGGAUACGAAAGACUCCAUUCGACUGGAUCUUAAUUUUGGAUCUUAAUCAUGUAUUACAGGAAUAAAUAAUGUUUCUUAUACUAAUACGUAAUACUACGAAGUAACUAAUAAAUUUGGUAACUCAGAUUUUGCGUUUAGAUUCAAAUUUAAUUGAAAAACUUUUGUUAGCCUCCUUAAAGAUUGAAUCUGGUUCCCUUUUUUUCUGAAAAAAAGGUUGUUUUUCAACCAUUAUUGUCUGCGAGAGCAUGUUUGAAAAAUAACCAUAAUGCAAGUUCUCCGUUAAAUCCCAUUUUAUGAGUUUUCAGUGAAAACUCAUAAAACGACUUGAUCCACAAAACUGCCAUUAUGGUUAUUAUUCAAACAUUAAUGGUUCAACAUGGCCGAGCGUGUAUGUGAAUCGCUUAAACCUGACAUAGGCCGAUGACAUAGUAAGAGCGAUGCGAUGCGAAUUGGCGAACGCGGCCAAUGCGAACUCGAGUGGCGGAACAAAUUGACAUCUGCUUCGCCGCGUUGAGUCAGGUCAGGUUUAAGCGAUUCACAUACAUUUUCAUCAAAUGUGGUUCGCCGCAUUGAAUCGCAUUCGCCGUUUCGCAUCGCAUCGCACUCACUAUGUCAUCGGCCAUACUCAAUGCGGUGAAGGAGAUGUCAAUUUGUUCCGCCGCUCGAGUUCGCAUAGGCUGCGUCUGUAAAUUUUCCGCCAAUUCGCAUCGCAUCGCACUCACUGGGAGACUUGACUCAGCGAUUUUAAACCGAAUAAACGUGUGUUGCCAAUUUUAGUAGGAUUAAGCUGUGAUUGUGCUAUUUAUUUUAAAAUUAACCUAUUUUGAUCCGUACUACCAACUUGUUCGUCUUUAAUUUAUUACCGUGCUGUUAAAAUAUAGUGUGUAUUGAGUGGAAUGAGCAUAAACUAAGCUGCCCCCGAGGGGGCAGCGGCUACAAAUAAAAAUGAUAACCUCAAACCAGUUCAUACUCCGGACGACCAAGAGAUGGUAGAUAUCAUUAAAAACAUGAAUGAUCAACAUAAUCAACCCAAUCAAGUAAGUCAAAACGAACCAGAAAUAGAACCGAUGAGAAAAAUAUACCAGAAAUUCAAUUACUGCGAAACAGAUAGUAGACCAUACAGAGUCAUUGUAGAGAACACAGACCUAAAAAGAAGAAAAUAUAUAAAUAGGCUUCAAAUUGGAAUUCUAUUGAAUCAAUUAGGCUUCGACAAAUGUAUCGAUGACAUAAAAAAGACCGGACGUAAUAAAGCUACCGUUUAUGUUGGGAACAUGAAGGAUGCCAACAGAUUAGCUGACUGUCAGAGUUUACUCAUAAAAGGAUACAAAUCGUACAUCCCCAAAAAGUUUGUUACUGUAACGGGAGUUAUUUCCGAUAUUCCUUUAGAACUGAAUCCGAAUGAAAUUUUUGAAAAUGUGAUUUGUGAUGUCAAAGUGGAAUCAGUGUUUAGAAUGACAAGGAGAUAUAACGAGGAAAGGAUCCCAACCAACCGAGUAGGUAUCGUGUUCAGAAGUAAUAUGUUGCCAAGGUAUGUAAGAUUGUUUUCUGUGAUAAAUCGAGUCGAACCAUUCAUACCACGUCCUAUUAUAUGUUUUAAGUGUCUUAGGUACAACCAUCUAUCCAAAAACUGCCAAAGUUCCGUACUUAGAUGUAAUAACUGCACUGACGAAGCGAAUGAUGGACACGAGCCAUGUCCAAAGAUAUCAUAUUGCUUUCACUGUAAAAAAGAGGGCCACAUUACCACGGACCGGUCCUGUCCCCAGCGCAAGAAGGAAUCGGAAACACUAGCGAUUAUGGCGAGACGAAAUGUGACGUACCAAGAGGCGAGAGAGUUAUUAAACAUUCCAACUAUCAAUCAAUUUGAUGCACUUAGAAACGUAGAAGGCCGAUGACAUAGGCCGAUGACAUAGUGAAUACGAUGCGAUGCGAUGCGGUGAAUGCGGUUCAAUGCGGUGAACCACAUUUGAUGAAAAUGUAUGUGAAUCGCUUAAACCUGACAUACUCAACGCGGCGAAGCAGAUGUCAAUUUGUUCCGCCGCUUGAGUUCGCGUAGGCUGCGUCCGUAAUUUUUCCGCUAAUUCGCAUCGCAUCGCACUCACUAUGUCAUCGGCCAUAGUGAAUACGAUGCGAUGCGAUGCGGUGAAUGCGAUUCAAUGCGGUGAACCACAUUUGAUGAAAAUGUAUGGGAAUCGCUUAAACCUGACAUACUCAACGCGGCGAAGCAGAUGUCAAUUUGUUCCGCCGCUCGAGUUCGCGUAGGCUGCGUCCGUAAAUUUUCCGCCAAUUCGCAUCGCAUCGCACUCACUAUCCCGCUUAAUAAUUAUUCUACUAGGGCUACUAGAAUUCUAGUAGCAAUUCUAGUAGAAUUCUACUAGAACUUCUGCAGCCAGCCAAGUCGAAAAUGGCCCAGCCGAUUCUACUUGGGAUGAAUUUUCCCGUUUCAAAAUGACCAUUUUGCAUGUGUGCAUGUGUAUGUGAACGACGACCACGUGUACAUGUGUGUGUGAACGCAAAACCUGUAUUGCCGCCUAUGCAACUUUCAGACAAAAGAAAUAAAAAUGAGAUUCCUUAAAUUUGAAGAUUUUCGUUUAUUUUCACCAUAAUAAUCAACUUUUCACUCAUAACACAAUAACACAACUAACAAUCGAUCGGUGGGUAGAGCUUUUCCGACGACUGCACUUGUAGCACCGGUAAUUCCGACGAAAUUUUGCACUUCCACGGCCUCCGUUGCGUACUCUUCCAAUGGAUGGGGACUCCGUAGAUCCUCCGCUUCUCAAUAGUCCAAUCCGUAAGGCAUCCCGAGCGCCCUGGGAAGUCGAUGAAUGCAAAAUCCGGUGCGCUGCGAAUCAUCCAGGCGUUCCUCAUUGGGAGGGAGGAUAGGAAGGGCUUUUGUGAUGAAAUCCUGUGCAUGACGAAAAGACAAAAAGGUUACAAACAGGAAAGUUAAUACUAGCUGAUUAAUAAGAUUGAUUUACUAACCUGAUUUAUGAGAAAUCCGAGAAGGCUCCAGUUGUAGCGUUCGGCAGCCAUGCUUGCGAAGAACUAAAAUUUUCAGCAGCGUUUGCAGGAAAAAACAUGAACCAGAUGAACAUUCAAUGUUGCAUAGGAGAAUGGUUCAUCUUGAUUGCAUAUCACACAAAUGAACAACAUUAGGAGUAGUAGUAUGUGUGACAGAUUUCAGAUGAUGAGGUAACGCUUACAAAUACAAAGACAGUUAACUGUCAUAGAAGGCGGUCUAGUAGAACAAUUGCUAUCUGGGAUGUCAUCGGCCGAACCCAAGCAACAUUUUAAACUCCUCAAGGUUUUAUUAAAUAAAACGUAGGUUUUUUAAUGGGAUUGAAAAUGCGGUUUAGGUUGUGUAACAUAUUUCGUGAAGAACUCUAUAUAAAUUGGCCUAAGGAUAGCUACAGAACCAUAAUACAACCACAUACAACCUUGUUAUAAAACUCAACAUAAAUUCAGCAUGAGUUCUAGUUUUAAUUUUUAUUUGGGUCUACAAGACAGAUAUACAACACUUACAAAACCUUGCUAUACAACCUACAUCCGAUCAAUUUGAGACGUCAAAAAUUUCAAAGCCAUUUGGUCGUAUAAAAAGCUUAUGCAAGAAUAACUAUUCCAAAACCAAACGAAAUGUCAAAAGUUUGUUUACGGCAGUACGAAUGGUAAGAACAAGAAGUUUGUUGUUUUUUCAUCCGUUUGUUACCAUCAGAGAGUAAAUUUUUAGGAUUUCAUUAUCAAGAUAUUGAUUAAAAUACCCUUUUUAACCAUUCCGGUAGGUCAUAUAUUCGGAGUUAUGAAGCCAGUGAAUCUCUUGAAUAAACUGGUCGUCCUCAAUUCGGCGGUUCUGUCCCGGACAUACAACCAUUCCCUCAUUCCCGGGAGUUCAUCUUUAUCAAAUUGCCGGUUCCGAAGGAUGGUUUUUCAUACAGCACCGCCACCAGAGCCGCCUGUUCAAUUCCGUUGGCUGGCGGAAUUGCUAAAUGGGGUACCCGUGGCAAGUGGAGCCGGAAGCAUCUACCGAAAGUUAUUCAACUGAAAUCUUCGGCCGUUUCUGUGAUGUUUAAUUAAAUGUGAUAAAUUAACAAUCCGUGACAUAAAUGUACAAGAAAAAGAAGUGAGGCAAAUAAUAAAUUAGUU